CGUCUAACGGGACCGGCUAGCUUGUCUUGUCAGUGGUAUGCUGAAUAUGUUGACCCUUAUUUCAAACGCGUUUAAAGGAGCCGCCAGCAAAAAUGGUGCCCAAACAGUGUCAGAGGGUGCGAAGGCGGUUGUGUCUACGCGCUCCUAUGCUGACUUCACACCACAGGCCACCUUUGACAUAAAGAAAUGUGAUCUCCACCGUCUGGAUCAUGGUCCUCCUCAGCAGUCGGUGAUGACGCGUGAGCAGGGCCUGAAGUACUACCGUAGCAUGCAGACCAUGCGGCGCAUGGAGCUGAAGGCAGACCAGCUCUACAAGCAGAAGAUCAUACGCGGCUUCUGCCACCUGUACGAUGGACAGGAAGCGUGUGCUGUGGGCAUCGAGGGUGGCGUCACCCCAGAGGACCACCUGAUCACUGCCUACCGUGCCCAUGGAUACACCCUGACCAGGGGCAUCCCCGUCAAGGAGAUCCUGGCCGAACUCACAGGGCGUAGAGGGGGCGUGGCUAAAGGCAAGGGGGGUUCCAUGCACAUGUACGCCAAGAACUUCUAUGGAGGCAAUGGGAUCGUCGGAGCCCAGGUUCCUCUGGGCGCGGGGGUGGCCUUGGCAUGCCAGUACCAGGGCAACAACCAGGUGUGUGUCUCUCUCUAUGGAGACGGAGCCGCCAACCAGGGUCAGGUGUUUGAGGCCUUCAACAUGGCGGCGCUGUGGAAACUGCCGUGCAUCUUCAUCUGUGAGAACAACCAGUACGGCAUGGGCACCUCUGUGGAGCGCGCAUCCGCCAGCACCGAGUACUACAAGAGGGGCGACUAUAUCCCUGGCUUACGGGUGGAUGGCAUGGACGUUCUGUGUGUGAGAGAGGCAACCAAGUUUGCAGCUGACCACUGCAGAGCCGGAAAGGGUCCCAUCCUCAUGGAACUACAGACUUAUCGUUACCAUGGACACAGUAUGAGUGACCCAGGGGUCAGCUAUCGCACCCGUGAGGAGAUCCAGGAGGUCCGCAGCAAGAGUGACCCCAUCUCCAUGCUGAAGGAUCGCCUCCUCAGCAACAACAUGGCCAGCGUGGAGGAGUUCAAGGAGAUGGACGUGGAAAUCCGCAAGCAGAUUGAGGAUGCGGCCCAGUUCGCUACCUCUGACCCCGAGCCACCAUUGGAGGAGCUGUGCAACCACAUCUUCUCCAACGAGGAGCCCAUCGAGGUGCGCGGAACCAACCCCUGGAUGAAGCUCAAGUCCCGCAGCUAAGAUGGCCGCCAAGAGCAGAGUGGAACGGGUCCCACUAGUUUGACGCCCUCUCGUGAUUUCACAUGGUAAUCAAACAUUUCAAACAAGCGAUUUAAGGUUAGGGUUAGGUUUAGGGUUAAGGUUAGGGUUAGGGUUAAGGUUAGGGUUAGGGUUAGGUUUAGGGUUAAGGUUAGGGUUCGGGUUAGGUUUAGGGUCGUAUGACGUAAGCGGUAAGUCACGAAAGGGCGUCGAACUAGUGAGUCCCGAGUGGAACAGGCAGGGCUCCACUAACGAACACUGCAUUUAGAACCCAAUGGGCGGGAGGUCUAGACUCUAAGGUUAUUUGUCAGUUAUGUCACUAAAGCGUAACCAUAACUACAACACAAGAACAGAACUAGGAGAAGAGACAAAAAUGGGAACUCAUCUAAAACCGUGCUACUAAAAAACUGAUCUUAGAAUGUUUAAUCUGUCUUUAACAUGUUCUCAAGGAUAAACAUUAGGUUUCUAUCAUGUCAGAUCGUGGCUGACACAGAACGUAACAAAAAACCUUGGACUCUAAAGUCCCGCCCGUCCAGAUGAAAUGCAGGUGAGUCCUGUCCUUUCAUGGCAUCACAACUACCACACCCACAGUAGCAGCAACCAAGUCUUUACUUAAAACACCUUAGACCCCAUGCCACUAAAACAUGACCUUUGACCUUGAGCAUGGGGCCCCACCUUACUUGUAACCCGCUUUACAUUCCCUUGAUAAGCGCACAAAGUUUUGUAGAAGAAAGGACCAAACCUGUGAAAAUAUCUUUUGCAGGUUAUUAUUUAUGAUAGUAUAUUCCAGUGUGCUGUGUGUGUAACUGGCCAUACAUCAGUGGCACUAUAAUGGACCCUAAAAGUAUCUGCUGUGUGUCCUUAUGGUAUGACAUAUAGGUGUUUUAGCACAAAUUGCACUUUGUACUGGGAGAUUAGACGGUGAAAUAUCUACUUGAAUGCUGACAGUGUUGUUACAGCCCGUUUU